AAGUAACUGCUCCCACUUCUCCAUUCUCUACUGCUCUGUUUUUCCUCUCUGAAACAGAGCAUGGCAAUGGCGGCCUCACACACCCUAUCAUUCUUCCUCAUUCUUCUCUCCUUUUCUGCUUCUUCAGGAGCGGGUUCUAUCGGAAUUAACUAUGGAAGGGUGGCCAACGACCUUCCUCCGCCGUCAAAGGUGGUGCAGCUUCUUAAAGCCAACGGUAUUACCAGGGUCAAGCUUUAUGACACUGACGCUGACGUCCUCAAUGCUCUGGCCAACUCCGGCAUCCAAGUCGUCGUGGCUCUCCCCAACGAGCUACUCUCCUCCGCCGCAGCUGACCAGUCCUUCACCGACAAAUGGGUCCAAGCAAACAUCUCCCAGUACCACCCCGCCACUCAGUUCGAAGCCAUUGCCGUCGGAAAUGAAGUCUUCGUCGACCCCAAGAACACAGCCCAAUUUCUAGUUCCCGCCAUGAAAAACGUCCAAGCUUCCCUCGCCAAACACAACCUCAACAUCAAAAUCUCUUCGCCGGUGGCCCUUUCAGCGCUUCAAUCUUCAUACCCACCCUCAUCGGGAGCCUUCAAGUCGGAACUGAUCGAACCAGUAAUCAAACCCAUGCUGGAUUUCCUCCAUCAGACCGGAUCGUACCUCAUGGUGAACGCUUACCCGUUUUUCGCCUACGAAGCAAACUCCAACAAAAUCUCGUUGGACUACGCACUGUUCAAGCAGAACCCGGGGAACGUGGAUUCGGGUAACGGGUUGCGAUACAUGAGCCUCCUCGACGCUCAAAUCGACGCCGUUUAUGCCGCCAUGUCAGCUCUCAAAUACGACGACGUAAAGGUCGUGGUGUCCGAGACCGGUUGGCCUUCUAAGGGAGAUUCUAACGAGGUCGGAGCUGGCGCUGACAAUGCGGAGGCGUAUAACGGAAACUUGAUCAAGCGGGUCUCGACUGGGAGUGGGACCCCUUUGAGGCCAAAGGACCCACUCAACGUAUUCUUGUUCGCUUUGUUCAACGAGAACCAGAAACCAGGACCCACGUCGGAGAGAAACUACGGGCUUUUUUAUCCCAGCGAGCAGAAGGUAUAUGAAGUUCCACUCACGGCGGCGGAUGCGUCCAAGGCGCCGGCUAACGUAAGCAAGAAUCAGACACCAGCGGCGGGAGAGCCGGCAGCGAGUCCGUCUCGCGGCCAAACGUGGUGUGUGGCGAACGGCAAAUCUGCGAUGGAGAAAUUGCAGGCGGCGCUAGAUUAUGCAUGUGGAGAAGGAGGGGCCGAUUGCCGUCCGAUUCAACCGGGUGCCACGUGUUACAAUCCGAACUCGUUGGAGGCUCAUGCUUCGUACGCGUUUAACAGUUAUUACCAGAGGAAGUCACGCGGCACCGGCACGUGCGACUUUGGCGGGACGGCCUACGUCGUGACUCAGCCUCCUAAGUUCGGGAAUUGCGAGUUCCCCACGGGAAACUGAAGGGAGCAAAACUGAUGGAGUUUGGGGUGAUCUUGCACCGGAGUGUUGAUUUAAGUUCAUAGAGUCAUUGUUAUUAUUUCACUCAGUUUGAGUUAUUCUCUGUAUCUGUUCAUAGGUACAUUUUUUAUCUACAUAAAUAAUAUAUACACACUAUUGCUUACGAUUAAUUAAUGGAUUGUAUUUCGUAUAAUAUUGUAUAUUUAUAUUUCACUAGAGACGUCCAAAUAAAGGGAUGGCCGGCUACCAAAAUCCGACGGACGACACAAAUAUGGUUGGAUAAUGGCCGACUUCAUUUGCUCUUCUUCUCUGUCUUGGGUGCUAGAAGGAACGGUGCCGUUUUGAGUUGCACAUCCUUUGCCGCCAGCUUAUGUAGGAUUUAGUCUAGACGAGGUUGAGAGUAAAAAACAGUGAUAAAUUGAAUUCCUUGAGGGAGGUGUCCACAUCCAUGUCUAG